AUGUAUAAUGCUGACCAAGUUAAUAUUGAUUCUACAUUUACAGCACUUGAUCUUAAUAAAAAUGUUAAAAAUGUUACAGAUUCAACAACAUAUAUGCUCGGUCAUGAUUUAAAUGAUCAGCGAUCAGUUGAGAAUGAUCACACACAACAAGCUUUAAUACAACAACAAUUAAAUUCAAUACAAAAAUUUGAUGGACAUGGUAGCUAG